UUUUGUAAUAUCGCGUGAUUUUACGAGACUUCAUGUCUUCCUUGACGACGGUUGUCACUUUGAUGUUACAUCGACGCCAUUUUUGAUGCUACAUCUGCACUUGGCUGUUCUGAAAGCGUUAUUUUCCUAUCCUUUAUUGCAAUUCCUGAACCUGUCAUCAUGAAUGCGAGCACUUAUGUUCAAGGUACAAUUCUAAUUACGCUUCAGUAGAUUCUGUACCUACACGUUGGUAUUUUAGUGUGAUGAGGUACAGUCUGUAGUGUGUAUCAUGGCUCCUGUGCUGAUCUUCAAACACUGCAUGCUUUAGGGGCUUAAGAUGUUGAAUGCAGGGACCUUUGUAUACCUUGAACUUGUAAACAUUAUAAUAAAAUGUAGGUUCUUGUGUCUUUUACAUCUCAUGGCAUUCUUUAUGCGCCUUUCCUACUAUGGUAACAUGUUGAUUUGGUUGUAAAAUGAAUUCUGUAAAUGUAUUAUCAUUGGUUUACAUGAAGUGUUUGUGAGUCUUGGGGUAGUCUUUUGUGUGGGAACUGCCCGUAUUGAAGUUACAAAUAGCCCAAGUGGAACAUCCCCUGUCCCCCACUCCCUUUUUUAUAAACCUGUAUCUGCCCAUGAUUUCUUAUAAACUCUCAGAACUGACACAGCAGUCUGAGCCCAAAUCAAUAUUGUAUGGCUUGGCUGAAUCCCUUGUAUUUUAGCAAAUAGACUUAGUUUAGCAGUGAAAGGUAAACUGUAACUUAUCCCAUAUUUUGUCUGAGGGGUUCAAGUUAUAAAGUAACAGGGAGAUAUACUUUGCAGUGUCUAGGCUAGCUGCCCUUGGUUAUUACAAUUAGAUCUACCCGUUAUCCAACAUAAAACUGGAACAUUUUGGAAAAGGGGAACCCCUAAAAGCUUAGCGAUAUACCACCUAUCUGUCAGCACAAAUAAUUUAUUAACCGCAAAAUAAUACAUAUAUAAUUUACUAGUCACCAGCCAAAGAGUAGGAACCAGCAACAUACAUUCUGGGUGUUUAGUACCCUGUAUGUUUAUUCCUCUUUUUCCCCACAGUUGAUCAGAUGAUCUGGUUCCUCCAGCCUCUGUCCCAACUGACUUAUCCUGCCCCUUGCCAUCAACCCACUUCAAAGUCCCUGACCAUCCCUGCCCACUUGUCUCACCUGCCCGUCCCACAGACCCUUAGCCCCAGCACUGUCCCUUCUGUGUCCCUCACUAUCGCUGGUCAGUACAUCAUGGACGACACUGACUUUGUUGAAGUAGAUCUCGUGGAUGAGGAGAUCAUCCAGCCAACCCACUCCUUCCUGAAGGCCUUGCUAUCUAGGGUGGCCAACUUCUUCAGAAGAGUCAAGAGUGUGUUUAAGAAGAAGGAUGAUUAGGCAGUGAACUCUGAACACAUAUGUAUAUACUUAUAUACAAAACAUUUAUGAAUCAUUUUAGGACUGUUGAGGCAUUUGUUACAAUAUUUGGGAAAUACAUAAAAUCUAUCUCUGUUUGUUUUGGCUAUUUCCUUUAUGUUAAUGAAAUACAUUAUUUGUUACAACAUUUUGUUUUGUUUUGAUUUGU